UGAGUUUCAACCUCGAGUGGCUCUAAUCAAGCGCCUGGAUUUCCAUAUUGUUCUUGACAUUGCCCUACAUUUCCUCAAUGAUUUAUCUCUUCUGGUCAAAUCAAGCAAGAUCUUUUGGUUUCCCUGAGGAAUUUUCAGACUCUAUAUGACCAAAGAGCCAAAAUCGCCUGUGAUUGGAUCGUCACCACAGCGAUCAAAGCCAUGUCAAUCGCUCUCAAGCUCUUUCCUGUGCCUUCACUCUCCAAAACCCAUCUCCGGCUCUCUCCGUCAAUCCCCAGACAGCGAGUUUUUCCCUCCUCUUUCUCGCCGGGAAGCCGGAAUUUCGCCAGAAUCCGAUGUGCCCACGAGAAACCCGAUCACUUUCCCGCCACUGUGGCGAAACCCAGAUGGGAGGAGGCUCUGUCUGCGGCGGCGAGCUUGUACCCCGUUUACGUCACCGUCGGUGGAAUUGUGGCAUGCGUCAAACCCUCGACUUUCUCUUGGUUUGUCGCGAGAGCGCCUGUGUCUUACAGUUUAGCUCUAGGGUUUAUCAUGUUGGCGAUGGGAGUGACGCUUGAGCUCAAGGACUUGUUUGAUCUGUUCAGACAAAGGCCUCUCUCUAUACUGUUCGGAUGUGUUGCUCAGUACACUAUAAUGCCUGCUCUUGGAUUGCUUAUCAGUAAGAUCUUGGGACUUCCUCCGGCGCUUUCAGUUGGUUUGAUACUGCUCGGGUGUUGUCCCGGUGGUACAGCCUCCAAUGUGGUGACGUUGAUUGCUAACGGAGAUGUUCCACUUUCCAUUGUGAUGACCGUCUGCACGACCCUUGGAGCCGUAGUUCUCACCCCUUUUCUGACCAAGAUUCUCGCUGGAUCUUAUGUUCCCGUGGAUGCUGUUAAACUCUCCAUCAGCACACUGCAGGUGGUCGUUGCUCCGGUUUUGCUCGGUUCUUGUAUACAGAGUUCAUUUCCGGCAUCAGUGAGAAUCGCAACACCAUUUGCACCCUUAUUUGCUGUUCUUGCAUCGUCCUUGCUUGCGUGCAGCGUGUUUUCGGAGAAUGUUGUGCGCCUUAAAUCAUCGGCUGUCGGGGCAUCCUUGACAUCAGAUCUUUCCCCGUUCCUUCGGAUUCAGUCGUUGUUUUCUGGAGAGUUGGGUCUCGUCGUACUAGCUGUCCUGCUGUUGCAUUCUGCUGGGUUCCUUGUCGGGUACGUAGCAGCAGCGGUCGCUGGCUUUCGAGAACCUCAGCGGCGCGCAGUGUCAAUCGAGGUGGGAAUGCAGAAUUCGUCGUUGGGGGUGGUUUUGGCGACGGCCCAUUUCUCAUCAGCGUUGGUGGCUUUACCGGCGGCGAUGUCGGCGGUGAUAAUGAAUGUGAUGGGAAGCAGCUUGGCUUUCUUCUGGAGGCGGAUGGGCCCUUGUUCUUCACGUAGAUAGGGCGCUGAAAACAGUGAAGGAUUAUGCUUUUGCUUCCAUCUAUUGCGAGUGCUACUUGUAAAUUUGUAGUUACUUU